CAUUAAGACUGAAAUAGAUUGUUUGCUAUACCGAGGAUUCAUCUCUCCUGAACUAACUUUAAUCUAGUUUACUUCUAAAUUUACUUUGUUGAUAGACAUUUACGACAAUAGAAGAUAUAAAAAAGUUUAUAUAAGAUAAAUUGUUGUUUCUUAGUAAACGGCGUGGACGUUUCAAUUAAAGGUAUCGGGAGAUUUUAUUUAUUACUUAGAAGGAACAGGUUGAAAGCAGGAGUCCGGAAAAUCUUUCUUUAUUCCACGUUGUCGUUUAAUAGAAAUAUAGAUACUACAUUGUUCGUAUAACAGGACGUAAACUAAACAUGUGUAACUGAAUGUUUGUCAUCGUGGUUUCUUCAGAAAGUAGGCGAAUUAACAGGUUAAUGAGCUCUUUACAUUCCAAUAAUGCAAACUGAAUUAAUUAUACAAAAGAUGGACUCCAAACGAAACGUUUUCAUUUUGUUUUGUUCCAUAGUAUUAUUGUUCUUCGUGUUUGGAUACAGCUACGGUCCUUUACGGAGGUUACAAAUUACAGAGUCCGAAGCUAUGAAUGAUAACCACCUUUAUUUAGUACCUUCUAAAGAAAUCAUAGAGAAAAUGGACAACGACACACUCUAUCUAUUGUUGGAUAAGUAUGUUCUUCAAAACCAGUUUUACUGCUCUAAUUUAUUACGACAAGGCCCAUGGAAUGCGUCCGGAAAAACUAUAUGUGCAGAUGACCCAUUCAAGCCAAGUUCUCCAUGUAUAGUGUAUUCAUUCGGGUCUAAAUUGGAUUUUGCCUUUGAAGAAGCCAGCUGGAAGUCAUUCGGAUGCGAAAUACACACAUUUGACCCAAGUUUAUCAAUAGAGCACGCAAGAAUACCUGUUUUCGUAAACUAUCAUCUUAUCGGACUCUCUGGGAGGGAUUUUGUUCAAACAGAACCAGAGGUUUGGAGACACCACGAUUUGCCUCUCCGAAAAACAUGGAAGAUGCAAAGGCUUUCUUCAAUACAGAAGUCGCUUUCUCAUGCCGACAAAUUAAUAGACAUUAUGAAGAUAGAUAUAGAAGGAUGGGAAUGGGACGUCUUGUCAGAUAUCCUCCAAACGGGAGCUUUCAACAAUGUUAAGCAACUUUGCUUGGAAGUACACUUUGGUUUUAGUUUUAAGCAUGUAGUAAAAGAAGGAAAGAAGUUGAAACUGAAGUUUACUAAAAAUACAUGGGGUAAUGUUUCAAUGAAAGACCAAAUAAAGCUUCUUUUGCGAUUAUUUAAUGCUGGAUUCAGAAUUACAGCAAAGCAAUCAUUUGGUUGGGGGUCAGUUUACGUAAAAAAUAAAAGAAUCGCUACACUCGUUGAGUUAACGUUGGUCAAUAUUAAUUUAUUGAAUAAAAAGUAUAUUUUCUGAUAAGCUUUUUUUUCAUCCGCAAAAAUGAUGUAUAGUGUAUUUGCUUGUGUCUGUAUAACAUCAAAGUAAUUAAAUCUAGUGAACACAAGAUGAGAAAUGAUUUUCAUAUUUGUAUGUACUUUGAAGCAUGAUAAGGACUACAUGUAAGGUCUUCUGAACCGUUAACUAUUUAAGACUCGGAGCGGGUGUUAAGCCGCUGAUCAUUUCAAGCAGUUGACGACUUGUGCUCUUGUAUAUGCGUGUUUUAUCAUCUUCGUUUUCUUUUACUUUAAUUUGUUAAUCAUAUACGUAUCUUGGAAAAAAAUACACUGCUGUUUAAGCAGGCUGCACUCUUA